CGGAAUCUUCUUCUGAGACGCCGUAUAGGAAACCGGGACAUAUUUAGUCGAAGGAACCCCUGCAACCUGGCUGUGAUUGUAGUCCGACCCCUCCGCCCUCUUGUCAACCGUCACCACCGCCAUCGACAUGAGCCAGGAUGCAGAGGGAGGCUAUACAAUGUCUCCAAUACGCAGGGUUACCUCAUCGGUAGCCUGGGGCUGGUAUGCUAUCUCACUCAGCUGGGGUGGGAUAGCGGUGCUGCUGCACCAGACCCCUAACCAGUUCACCGGCCUCACGACCAUCGGAACCAUCGUCUUUAUCGCCAACCUAGUCAUCUAUACCACAGUUACGCUCUGCCUUCUCUUCGAGGCUGUCCGACCACAGAAGGUUCCCAAGCCCUUGGAGGAGUCACCUAACUUUGCCGCGCGGUGGCUGCAUAUCAAGAAGCCCCAGGACCUGUACUUUGUCCCUGUUUCGCUGCUCGCCUUCGCGACCAUCAUCUUCUGCACCUCCUACUACGGCACUCCGCAUUGUGGCCGUUGGUUGACCCUCACCCUGAACGUCUUCUUCUGGGUCUACACCGGAGUGUCGCUGCUGCUGUCGAUUCUCUUGGGCUGGUGGAUCCCGUAUACAGGCACCAAUCAUGGCGACCACUUCGCCAUUGUGAACAUCCUACCCUACUUUCCACCCAUGCUCAGUGGCACCAUGGCCGGCGUCUUGGCCCCAAACCAGGACCCUGCUCAGGCCGUCCCCAUGCUGGUAGGUGGCACCACCAUGCAAGGAUUCGGAUUCCUCAUGUUCCUGGUCAUUUUGGUACAGAGCCUGACGGAGAUCUCCAGCGAGGGUCUCCCAGUGCCAAAUUUCCGACCGGAGAUGUUCAUCGCAGUGGGCCCGCCCAGCUUUACAAUUAUCGCCAUGAUCAGCAUGGCGGAUGCGGCGGUUGAGAAACUCCCAGACCACUAUAUCAGCGCUGCAACCAGUGUGCGCACUGCGGAUGUCCUGCUGAUUGUUGCUGUGGUCGCGUCGGUCUUCUUAUGGCUCUUGGCCUUCUUCGUGUUCUGCAUGGCGGCACUGAGCAUGCUGGAGGCUCUGUGGCACCGCACCAUUCGCUUCGAGCUUAUCUGGUGGUGCAUGGUCUUCCCCAUCACAGGUUUUGUGCUCGCCACCAUCGACAUGGGCGAGUAUUUGGCUUCACCGGCGAUCGAGUGGGUUGGGAGCGGGAUGACCAUCUUUCAAGUGUGUUUGUGGUUGACUAUCACAGCCUGCCAGCUAUUUAGAUGGGUGUAUAAGAGGGAGUUUUAGCUUCAUCAUGCGGCAUAUACCCCGGACGGAGUGGUUAUUGUUCACUGGAUUGGAGAGAAAAAUAAAGCGGCAUAGCUGGCUAUUUCC